CUUUGCAUUUCUUAGUUCCUCAGAGAAGUGCCCAGAGAGUCAGACUUCUGGUGGCCCUGUAGCUUCAGCUGGACAUGCUGCUGUUGCUUCUGCUGCUCUGGGGAAUGAAAGGGGUAGAGGGUGGGCGUGAUGCCGUGGAGGGUUACACCCUGAGUGUGGAAAGGGAGGUGGUGGUGCAAGAGGGCCUGUGUAUCCGUGUACCUUGUACGUUCUCCAUCGCCAUAGAGAAAUGGACCUACAAAGACCCGAUUCAUGGAUACUGGUUCCGUAGUGGAGCCAAUACUUGGCGUGAUUUCCCAGUGGCCACAAAUAACCCACAAAGGCCAGCACUGAAGGAGACCCAGGGCCGAUUCUUCCUGCUGGGAGACCCACAGAAGAACAACUGCUCCCUGGACAUCAGAGAGACCAGGAAGGAGGACACAGGCUCAUACUUCUUUCGCCUGGAAGGAGGAAAUGUGAAGUAUAGUUAUGUUUGGAACACGAUGACUCUGCAUGUGACAGCCCUCACUAACACCCCCCACAUCCUUAUCCCGGAGACCCUGGAGGCUGGACGUCCCAGCAACCUGACCUGCUCUGCGCCUUGGGCCUGUGAGCCCCCCAACUUCUCCUGGACUUGUACCUCUAUGUCACUCUUGAGCACCAAUGCCAUUGGUUCCUCAGUGCUGACCAUCAUCCCCCAGCCCCAGGACCAUGGCACCAACCUCACUUGUCAGGUGACCCUGCCUGGAACUGGUGUGACCACAAGGAUGACCAUCCGUCUCAAUGUGUCAUAUGCUCCAAAGAAUCUAACCAUGACUGUCUACGAAGGAGUUGGUCCAGGGAAAUCAGGACUGAUGGCCGAGGUGGUUCUGGUGGCUGUGGUAGAGGCAGCUGUUAAAGUCCUGCUUCUUGGGCUGUGCCUCAUUAUUCUCAGAGUGAGGUCACGUAGGAAGAGGACAGCGAGGGCAGCAGUGCGCAGGGACUAUUCAGACAUGGCCACCAGUUAGUUCUCAGAAUGAUCUUCCAGAUGGAGGCAUCACUCACUUCCUCCACUGCCUGAACAAUCCUGAACCGUCACAUAGAUGGAGAUGGGCAGUCAUCACAGCCUGCAGUGAGAGCCUUGCAUGGUCUAUGUGCUGCUGGACUCUUCUCCCAAUGUUCUCUGUUCAUUGCAUCAUGAAUUGCUUACUCGGCCUUCCCAGUCCCCUAUAUGGAAAAUUGUAUAUUUGUGAGUCUCCAUGCCUCAGAGCCCUUCCCCAACCUCUCCCCCUGUCCCUUACCUGAGCACCUCAGCCUCUAGCUGUAUAUUACUCUGGGUAGGCAUGUGCUUGUCAUGCACCUCAGAUCACAUGCAGAAGUGACAAUAUUACUACAUAUGGACCAUUUUCAUGGGUGCUAGGCAUACCUCAGGACACAGAACUGCUUCCAUUUCUGUUACCAAAGACUGACUGAUGUAAAGAUGAGAACAGGAAUAAAAAUAUGCAAUGAAUGAGGACAUGUCAACUGGAGAUGUGAGUGUGAAGACAAUUGAUGCAGGAGAGGGGUUGGUGACACUUGAGUGAUGCUUGGAAAGCUCUCAAGUGAGAAGCAGCAGCCUCUUUGAGUCUGUUGGAGGAAGAGGCCUCCAGGAGAUGGACUGGAGAACAGUGUGCCCAAUGGCUUAGAGGCAGAAGCUGGCCUACAGUGUGGUACUCACAGAAAAAGACUGAGAUUUAGAGCAGAGGGAGGCAGAGGGAGGGCAAUGGAAGAUGUUAAUCUAUAGGGCAUGGUGAGAAACAAGCAGAGCUGUGGCUGGAUUUUCAUGUUAAUGGAAUCCCAAGGCUUGUCUGCUAAUACAUCCUGGAACAGCUGAAAGAAGAGUGUGCUUGUCACUGUCACCCAAUGUCUGAGGAAAACAAUUCAGAAGGAAGAAAGGUUUCUCUGGACUCAUGAUUUCAUAGGUUUCAUGGUCAUGGGCCCUUGCCAUGGGGCUGUGGUGACAGGAACGUGUGGUAGAGGCCUGUUCACCCCAUGAAAGCUAGGAGAGGCAAAAGAGACAGAGAGGAAUUAGCCAGGGUCCCAAGAUCCAUUUCAGGUGCACACGUCCAGUGAUCUCACUCUUCCCCACUCCCUACAUAAUCCAUCACACCCAUUUCACUGCCAGCUGGGUACCAGGCUUUAACACAUAAACCUUAGGGAACAUUAGACCAAAGCUAUCCUGGGGGGGGGGGAAGCUACUCUGCCUCCUGGAGGAGGAGCAGUGACAUGGGUGUGUGCUGCCACAGCCGGAAGCUCAGACCGACAGAUCUAAUGGCUUUUGGCAGUGAAGGGCAGAAAAGAGCUGGAGCUGUCGUAGGAUGCUUCCUGAGCACCAGGAAUGAGGGUUCCUGCUCCCUCAGUGGUUGGUGUGAGGGGAAGGUGUCAAUUCUGAGAGGUGUCUUCCAUGCACAUGGUGAUGUCAGGAGGGUUGUAUCCAGCCUGUGGAUGGAGGACAGGGUCAGAUUUAGCAUGUCAAUGCCAUGUUGGGAAAAGUGACACCCACAAGGGUGGGAACAGACAGCAAAUGAGAAACAGAGCUGUUCCCAAGGACCUUAGCAACAGCAGGUGUUCGCUUACAAAUUGUGAUAAUUUAUUUGAAUUGCCCUUGGAUAUUUUCACAAAAUAUUUUCAGCUUAUUAAAGUAAAUGUAAAAACUAAAAUUUAGAGGUUAAAGAGAGGUGGAUCAAGUUGAAAAUCACUCACUGCUCUUGCAGAGAACCUGGUUUUGGUUGUCCCACAUGUUGGGACACAACCUUCUGUAACAGUUCCUGGAUUUCCUUUCCUGGACUCCUCAGGAGCCAGGCACACACGUGCAGCACAGACAUAUAGGCAGGCAAGACAAAUAAGUUUACUCAUACAUAAGCAAAAAUUUAACAUUAAAAGUUAGUGUCCUUGGGUAGAAUGUUACUGUGGCCAUGGCAGAGGAGCAGCAGGUAGCAACUGAGCUCCAGGAGUUAGGUCACCAGAACGCAAGGCUCUGAUUGGUGAAUAUCCGAUAGGCAAGGCCUUGAGGUCUUGGGCUCCAGAAUGUCUCUUGCUACUGCUGUGCAUUUACAUGAUUGCCACUGCCAUUUUUCUCUGGUAUC